GUCACCUUCCCUCUAUGCUACUCCGGAGGCAAUUCACCAUCUUCUUUCUGUCCUUCUCCUUACAUCAUCAAUCACAAGCGAAGAGCUUUUCUGAGGCCAGUGUAUCAUCUCUGGAAAAGAUCCUUGAAGAAGAUGAGAUUAAUGGGAAAGCAAAGUUGGACGAAAGCAAACCUGUUGAUGAACUCAAGGAUGGUUUGGUUGCUUUUAGCAUUUCUGAACCUAAUGAAGAGGAACAUGAGAAUGGUGCCCCCCAUAUUUGUCCUAUGAACAUAGAGUCGGAAAAUGGUGUCCAUGGCAGUUACAUUCAGGAGGUGCACACAAAUGGUUUCCAUGAUGGUGAAGUUAGAAGCAGCCAGAUAAAUAAUGGUUUACUCAUGGAUGCUGUGCUGAAGGUUGGACUGUUGAACUUGGACAUAUGUAGCGACUGUGAAGAUUUCUUUGAUCCGAAUGAAUCGAUGAGUGUCACAAGUAAUAAUGAGGCAGGAGAUGAUACUGGGGCUGAAAGUGCUGCAAGGAUUGCUGCAGCAGGGGUAGAAUUUUUUGAUGCAUGGGAUGCUUGCUUAGAUUUCUUGUUUCUUCCAGAAUUAUCCCGUGGGAAUGCACCACAGACUAUUCAUCGUGACAUUGAAGCUGAACUGCAGGAAAUAAGAUUGAGUUUACUUACAGAGAUAGAAAAGGGGAAGCAGACAGAAGAGGCUCUAAAUAAGAUGCAAUCUAAGUGGCGAAGAAUCGGCCAAGAGUUGGGUGAUGUGGGAUUGUCCUUGCAUGUGGAUCUUCUUAAUGCGACAACAAGUGUUUGCUGCACGAUUUGUAUCAUUAUAUGUGGGAAGAGGCAUCACAAGGGCAGAGAUGGAGAUGAAGAUGGAAGCUCAAAUCAAAUCGAAGAACUUUGA